GUGCCUCGUCGGCUCGCAGCCGCGACACAGCGACCACGGCUGUUAGCCCCGGGGGGACAUUCACGGUCCCGUUAGUUAGCUAGUUUAAACCCGGUAUUGAUCCGUAACCCUCGACAGAUCGGGGACUGUGUGCUCAAUAUGGUGGCGGGGGGGGGUGCCAACUGACGUUACGUUACGUACGCAUAGCCUCCAGCUAACGAGCUACGUACGUAUAGCCUCCAGCUAACGAGCUACGUACGCAUAGCCUCCAGCUAACGAGCUACGUACGCAUAGCCUCCAGCUAACGAGCUACGUACGCAUAGCCUCCAGCUAACGAGCUACGUACGUAUAGCCUCCAGCUAACGAGCUACGUACGCAUAGCCUCCAGCUAACGAGCUACGUACGCAUAGCCUCCAGCUAACGAGCUACGUACGUAUAGCCUCCAGCUAACGAACUACGUACGCAUAGCCUCCAGCUAACGAGCUACGUACGCAUAGCCUCCAGCUAACGAGCUACGUACGCAUAGCCUCCAGCUAACGAGCUACGUACGCAUAGCCUCCAGCUAACGAGCUACGUACGCAUAGCCUCCAGCUAACGAGCUACGUACGUAUAGCCUCCAGCUAACGAGCUACGUACGUAUAGCCUCCAGCUAACGAGCUACGUACGCACAGCCUCCAGCUAACGAGCUACGUACGUAUAGCCUCCAGCUAACGAGCUACGUACGCACAGCCUCCAGCUAACGAGCUACGUACGCACAGCCUCCAGCUAACGAGCUACGUACGCAUAGCCUCCAGCUAACGAGCCGACCGGCGGACUACAGUUGACGUUAACGGGCAGACCGACGGCGGUUUAGAUAUUAACCGACACUUUUGUUUUUAGCACUUUCUUUUAUUUAUCUUUAAAGUUAACGGUCGUACGGGGCUAGCGGGUGUGGGUGGGCUCGUGCGUUGCGUAACGUGGUGGGUGGGAGGGGUCACGUUACGUUACGUUAGCGAGCGAUCGCAGUGGGAUUCAAAUAAUGCCACGCUGCGUGCGCGGCUCCGAUUUGAAACCAAAAGCACGAUACGCACGCGUCUCUCGCUCUCGUGCACGCGACGUCCCCCCCUGUCGAUGAUUUUCCUGCGCGUCGCCGGCUGAUCUCGUCGUUUCUGUGCGCGUGGGCUCUUGUUUUUGUCGUCUUCGGUUGUCAAAAGUAAUCUAUUGUUCUAACUCCACCUCUGGCUGGUGUGAAGUGUCCCGAUGAUGAAGAUGAAGAGGAGCAGCAGCAGCAGCAGCGACGACUCCGACAAUGAAAGUAACUCCACCUGCUGGUCACAGCCCAGGAGGGGGACGGGCCAGAAACCCUCUGAGGUGUUCCGGACCGACCUGAUCACCGCCAUGAAGGUGCACGACUCGUACCAGCUGAACCCGGAGGAGUACUACGUCCUGGCCGACCCGUGGCGGCAGGAGUGGGAGAAGGGCGUCCAGGUCCCCGUCAGCCCCCAGUCCAUCCCUCAGCCCGUCACCAGGGAGCUGGCCGACAGGGGGAAGGAGGUCAUGUUCGUCAAGCCGAAGAAGCUGAUCCGGACGUCGGGCGCCGAGGCGCUGGGCUACGUGGACAUCCGGACGCUGGCGGAGGGGAUGUGCCGCUACGACCUGAACGAGGAGGACGUGGCCUGGCUGCAGGCCGCCAACGGGGAGUUGGCGGAGAUGGCCGUGCCGCCGCUGGACGAGAUCACCAUGGAGCGGGCGAUGGAGGAGUUCGAGCGGCGCUGCCACGAAAACAUGACGCACGCCACGGAGACGGAGGAGGGGCUGGGCAUCGAGUACGACGAGGACGUGGUGUGUGACGUCUGCCGCUCCCCCGACGGGGAGGACAACAACGAGAUGGUGUUCUGUGACAAGUGCAACAUCUGUGUGCACCAGGCGUGUUACGGCAUCCAGAAGGUCCCCCCGGGCAGCUGGCUGUGCCGGAUCUGCGCUCUGGGCAUCCGGCCGAAGUGCCAGCUGUGUCCGAAGAAGGGUGGCGCCAUGAAGCCCACCCGGAGCGGGACCAAGUGGGUCCACGUCAGCUGCGCCUUGUGGAUCCCAGAGGUGAACAUCGGGAACCCGGAGAAGAUGGAGCCCAUCACCAACGUGUCCCACAUCCCCAGCACCAGGUGGGCUCUGGUCUGCUGCCUGUGCAAGGAGAAGGCCGGGGCCUGUAUCCAGUGUUUGGCCACAAACUGCUGGACCGCCUUCCACGUGACGUGCGGCCUCCUCGCCGGCCUGGAGAUGGCCAUCCUCACGGAGGACGACGAGGUCAAGUUCAAGUCCUUCUGCCCCAAACACUCGGGGCUCGAGGGCGCCGAGUGCAGGGCCCGAGACUCGGGAGGCGAGGAGGAGAGCGCCAGAGACCAGAAGGGCAGGAGGAGAGGCCGGGUCAGAGGGGGGGAGGAGGAGGAGGAGGAGGCCGCCUCCCCUUGCUCCUCGGCCUGCGUGGCUCCUCAGCUCACCGACCUGGAGUUGCUCGCCAGCCGCCAGCAGGAGAAGAGGGUCAGCCUCCGCAAGCUCAAGCUGCAGGAGAUGGAGGAGGAGUUCUACCAGUUCGUGGAGGCGGAGGAGGUGGCGGGCCGCCUGAAGCUGCAGCCGGAGGUGGUGGACUUCCUGUUCCAGUACUGGAAGCUGAAGCGCAAGGCCAACUUCAACCAGCCGCUCCUCACGCCCAAGAAGGACGAGGAGGAGAGCCUGGCACGCCGCGAGCAGGAGGUGCUGCUGCGCCGCCUGCAGCUCUUCACGCACCUGCGGCAGGACCUGGAGAGGGUGCGUAACCUGACCUACAUGGUGACCCGGAGGGAGAAGAUGAAGCGCUCGCUGUGGAGAGUCCAGGAGCAGAUCUUCCAGCACCAGGUCCUCCAGCACCAGGUCCGCCUGCUGGACCACCAGCUGCUCGCGGGCGAUCCUCCGGUGAAGGAUUUGGAGAAGCUCUCCUCUCCGGGCUGGUUGUCCUCUCGGGGCGCCCUCCUUCGCUCCUCCGGGACCCCCUCAGGGACCCCCUCAGGGCCCAAGACCAAAUCUACGACUUUAAAGCGUGAAAAAGGGAAGAGCGGCGACGGGAAGGGCCUCUCUAACUCGGCACACUCGAGCUCCCGGGUCAAAGAGCCGGGGCCCCCCGGGGACUCCGGCGACGCCAAAGUCCAGAACCCCGAGACCCCGUUCCCAAAGUUUCACAAGCCGGAGGUCCUUCAGGAGACCGAGUGCCAGAAAGGCCUCAGGAAGGAGGCCCCGGGGCCCGAGCACGAGGCGCUGGCCAGACGGAAACGAGAGAACGACCACGAGCAGGAGGAGAGGAGGAGGAGGAGGAAGAGGAGGAGCGGCGAGGCGGCGGCGGCGGCGGAGAGCUUCCCCGGCCAGGUGAAGAACCGGUUCGGGUCGAGACACCUGGAGAAGACCGUGUCCAUCCGGCUGGUCGACAUCAGGAACUCCGACAACGACGACUACUUCACGACGGACGAAAGGAGGACCAAAAGAAGCCCCGCCCCCCUGGAGGUGACGAGCACCGCUAAACCCAACCGGGCUGACGAGGGUUCAGACGGCCGGCUCAGGAAAACUCAGGCGACGGGUGGCCAUCUCAGAAGCUGGGGGAAGUUCAGGAUCCCGAAGAGGCGCGAGAGGCCUCUGACGGAGGAUGAGGAAGAGGAGGAGGAGGAGCACCGCAAGCUGUCGCCGACCAACACGCCGGAGCCGUCGUACCCGAAGACCAGACACCGGGCGCAGAGCAACGGCGGCGAGACGGAGCCCCGCUUGAAGCGAUGCCACUCCCACCAGCUGAGGGGCGACGCGGCGCUCGGCCGUCGCUACGGCUCUGACAUCAUCCGCCGGGGCGUGCUGGCGUCCUGAUGGCGCAGCAACGCCAUCUCGAUGAGUCAUAAAAUACCUAGAUUAAAAACAGAGCUGAUAUUUAUUUUUUAUUUGUAACAUAUGUAAAUCUGGGAAAUAUUUUACUUUAUUUUGAGCUAUUUUUAGUAAGUAGAAAGACGUCAAGUUGCCACUUAAACGCUCGCUCCGAUAUUUACCAGUGAAAGCAGCAACGCUUGAGAACAGAAGCUGUAACGCAUUAUGAAGUUAGUUUUUGAUUGGUAUUAAAAUUCAAUUGCACUUUGACGCAAAGCCGACAUCUUCAUCUUCAUCAUCUCAUCCGCUCUUGAGUGUCAUAGUCUCCGAUCGUCGGCUCUUGAGAGUCAUAGUCUCCGAUCGUCGGCUCUUGAGAGUCAUAGUCUCCGAUCUUCGGCUCUUGAGUGUCAUAGUCUCCGAUCGUCGGCUCUUGAGAGUCAUAGUCUCCGAUCGUCGGAUCUUGAGAGUCAUAGUCUCCGAUCGUCGGCUCUUGAGAGUCAUAGUCUCCGAUCGUCGGCUCUUGAGUGUCAUAGUCUCCGAUCUUCGGCUCUUGAGUGUCAUAGUCUCCGAUCUUCGGCUCUUGAGAGUCAUAGUCUCCGAUCGUCGGCUCUUGAGAGUCAUAGUCUCCGAUCGUCGGCUCUUGAGAGUCGUAGUCUCCGAUCGUCGGCUCUUGAGUGUCAUAGUCUCCGAUCGUCGGCUCUUGAGUGUCAUAGUCUCCGAUCGUCGGCUCUUGAGUGUCAUAGUCUCCGAUCUUCGGCUCUUGAGAGUCAUAGUCUCCGAUCUUCGGCUCUUGAGUGUCAUAGUCUCCGAUCGUCGGCUCUUGAGUGUCAUAGUCUCCGAUCGUCGGCUCUUGAGAGUCAUAGUCUCCGAUCUUCGGCUCUUGAGUGUCAUAGUCUCCGAUCGUCGGCUCUUGAGUGUCAUAGUCUCCGAUCGUCGGCUCUUGAGUGUCAUAGUCUCCGAUCGUCGGCUCUUGAGUGUCAUAGUCUCCGAUCGUCGGCUCUUGAGUGUCAUAGUCUCCGAUGUCAUAGUCUCCGAUCUUCGGCUCUUGAGAGUCAUAGUCUCCGAUCUUCGGCUCUUGAGUGUCAUAGUCUCCGAUCGUCGGCUCUUGAGUGUCAUAGUCUCCGAUCGUCGGCUCUUGAGUGUCAUAGUCUCCGAUCGUCCAUCGCGCGCCUGCCUUUUAUUCCAGCGGUUGCACUCCGAGAAGACGGGAAGGCGUGUGAGGAGUUAUUUUUACACUGAAGACUUUGCGGAACAUGUUUUGUACCCGCUUCUUUAUAUGCAAAAUGAAACUUAUUUUUGUCUUUGAGAGGAAUAAAAACUCUGGAGGACUGAA